AUGGUGCCCAGCCAGGAUUGUGCUUCUUUGAUGAUCUCACGCAUGCCGGCCGCUCCUUCUCAAUUUCCGUCGUCGUGUUCGUCCGUUCCUGCCCCGCACAACCCCAAAUCUUCAGCUCCAUACUUCUUGCUCCCGCGACAACUCCCGCAACAACGCCCCACUCACCGCCACGAGACUGCUAUCGCGACUCCCGCACCGUCAACGUCGACAGCCUUCGAGCGCCUCGCCGCGACACGAUCGCCUGCCAACGCCGCCCGGCGCAUUACCCGGACUUCUGCCCACGCUUCGGGUUCCAGCACAGCACAUGCCAGCAUGGACACACGGAGGCGACCAGAGUACAACCUCGAGAUCUUUGCGGAUGCGGCGUGCGUCAAGGAUGUCGUCAAGGCGAUACUGCACACGAUAUUCUUCCACCGAUACUUUACCUCCAUCUCGCCCUUGACCCGCGACCUCCUCGACCUUACCCUUCCCGCCAUCGACGAUGUCGAUCUUGAGACACUCAUCGAACAGAAGACGUUUGCGCUAGUACGGGCGAUAGACAGCACACACCAGCCGCGAGGAAGAGGGCAGAUUGUCGUGCAGUUCUUUGAGAAGAAGCGGAAGAAGACGUCGUAUUUCUUCAGCAAGGCAGACGAGGACGUCUGCUGGGAGCAGUGGACGCUGGACGUUACCCUCGCCCAGCCACGGACCGAGACUGAUGUGCUAAAAGUCCGCCGUGCCAUGACAAAGUCUCUAGAGAAAGCAGCGCAUAAGAUCAUCGCCAUCGUAAACCGAGAGAAGGACCACAUUCCACCCAUCACCACCACCGAUGCCAACCCCUUUCCUUACCAGAUCGUCGUCAACCCAAAAUCUGUCAACGAGAACGACUGGAGGCCGCGCAUCGGCCUUUUCUGA